GCUUGCGCCGGAAGCAGGAAGUGGCCGUUGGUGCUGCCGUUGCUGCUUCUCUAAUCCCGCGCCGCCUGGCACCGCGGAAAGGCCCUCUUCCCCCCGGAAACAUGGCGGGAGUGAAAGCCCUGGUCGCGUUGUCCUUCAGCGGCGCCAUCGGCCUGACCUUCCUCAUGCUGGGCUGCGCCUUGGAGCUCUACAGGGUCUACUGGCCAUUGUUUGUCUUGAUAUUUUACAUCAUAUGUCCUAUACCUCACUUCAUUGCAAAAAGAAUAAGCGAUGACACAGAUGCAGCUAGUAGUGCCUGCAGAGAACUGGCAUAUUUCUUCACGACUGGAAUUGUUGUUUCUGCCUUUGGAUUUCCUAUCAUCCUUGCACGUGUUAAUGUAAUCAUGUGGGGAGCCUGUGGUCUUGUCCUCGCUGGCAAUGCAGUAAUUUUCCUUACCAUUCUAGGCUUCUUCCUUGUGUUUGGUAGGGGGGAUGACUUCAGCUGGGAACAGUGGUAGGACAUCACUGUGCUGCUGCUAAACAGAGCACAUUGUCUGUGUAUAUAUUGUGUAUAUGUUUUUGUGCAUGUUAGAAUGUAUGUGUAUGCAUGCACAUAGCCUUGCACUAUCAAAACAUAAUACACUUUUUAUAUACUUUUAUGUCAGCCACAGGGGGAACAGCCCUCUUGACAGUUUUUUUUAAUGUGUGCAGAGUAAGCUAUAACUAUAAUGGCUAAAUCUGUCCCCAGAUAUGUUUACAUAAUAAUGUGAACCAUUUUAUUCAUUUUCACAAUUUGUACAUUAUUAACAAUAUCUUUAAAUAUAGUAGUGCUGUUGAUAUGUGAUGGAAAUCAGCCAACAUAUCUGGCAUUUUUAACAGCAUAAUCAAAAUACUUCUUAGUUAUGUGGCUUCUCUGACUUGAUUGACUUCUGCUUUGACUAGGAAUGGAACAAAUAGCUGUAAUUUUCAGUAGUUUGUUUUCUCAAGAAUUCAAACAAAGUCAAAUCUACAUAAUAGCCAUUGUCAACCCUCUUUUCUGAUCCACAGUAAGGAGAGGGGAAAAAAACAGUGCCUGUUUAGGGGGCUGCUUUCACAUUUCUCUAAGCUUUGGGGCUCUCCUUCGCAUUAAGGUUCAUUGUACACCACGUUACACUGAGCAGCCCACUUCUGCAAGCCAGGGAAUAUCAGGUUGGCUCUUGCCCCUUUUUCCCCAUUUUUAUUCAAUGUUCAACCAAUGAAAGUUUAAAAAAAAAAAUGUUUUCAUUCCUGUUCUCCCAAUAAUUGUUGGUGGAUGUGGGGCAAGGGGUGUGUGGAAUCUAAUAAUAUAUUUUUAUAACUUUUACCAUGUUAAGAACUGACAUUUCUUAUUUGUUGAAAAAUUAUAUAUAAGAACUGGCAUCAAGAAAUUUAUUAUUGGUAUGCAUUGAACAACUCUAUAGUCUUGUGUGUGAAAUGCCUGAAUUAUAAAGAAAUUAAUUAGUCCAAUCAGAGGUCAAUAAUACAGUGGGUACUGUAGGAUUUGGUAUCUUUGUUUUUGUUACUUUAAAAAUAUAUUUACACAAACUGUUUUUUGUAUGAAAAGGUAAUCACAUUCCAAUGUUAUAGCAUAUUUUAAAUGCUGUUAUUCUAUUAAGCAUUUGUCCAUUUGUACCUUAUUAUAUUAGCAAAUUUUACUACUACACUGAGAUAGCAAAUCUUUUAUAUUGGGAAGGAGGCAUUUAAUUAUGUGGAAGUUUAUUCUGCUACAAACCUAACCUCAGAAAGCCAAUAUAAAAUAGUUUUGUACCGCUGAAAAGGUGCAAGGAAACAGUUGCUCUAAUUUAUUCUGUCAUGCAAGUAUGGACUUAGCAAUUGUUGACCUCUGCACUUUGAA